ACUCGGAAUUGAACAAGGUCGUCAUGUUCAGUCACUUUCCUUUGUGUCUCGGAAUCUCUUGUGUCUGUGGAAAGGAAUACAUAUCCUCCAUAUUCUUGUAUUAUAAUAAGUGGUUGUCACUGUCUCAUACAGUCCACUCGUAUUUCACCAUAUGACACCUUUAUUCAUAUUCUUAGUUCUACUAACUUCACAAGUUCUUGGUGGUCUGAACAAUGGAGCAUCCUCGAAGAAUGUAGGUGGGAGAAGGCAGCCAACUGGUGGAGGAGGACUUGAUGAAAAUAUUCCUGUAAUUGAAAUUCGAGGAGAAGGAGCUCCGAUGAGCUCAGCUCAAAUUAGACAUUUAGAGGAGAUGGAUAAUGGUGGUCCAUUGGAUAUUAAGAUCGAAAAAACGUUUGUGCCAGCCAAGUGCCCUCAACAAGCAAAACGACUGGACUUUGUAACUUUCCAUUACAAGGUGUUCACAGAAGAUAACAAAAAAGUAUAUCAAACAUAUGGAACUGGUCCAGUCACAAUUCAACUUGGAACUGGAAUGAUUAUGCCAGGACUUGAUAAGGGUCUGAAAGGAAUGUGUGCAGAAGAGCUUCGAAAAGUCCGUGUACCAUAUCGUAUGAGCAGAAAGAGCAAGAGCAAGGUGUGGAAAAAUAUACCGAAUGAUGAAAACUGGCUGAUUUUUAACAUUGAAAUGGUCGAGAUCAAGCCAUACACCCCAGAGAUUCAGUUUAAAUUUUUGGAUUUGAAUGAGGAUGAACAGUUGACAAAUAAAGAGGUUCAAGAUUUCCAAAAGAAAAUGAAAAAAGAAUUUGGAAAGACAUGGAAGAAUGAGGAUAUUGACAAUGUCACUGCUGCUGGUUAUUAUAUCAAAUAUUUCGAUGUGAAUGGAGAUGGAAUUGUGACAGAAGUUGAAUGGCUGAAAAUUAUGGAUCGAGAUGAGAAACUUAUCAAUGAUAAGAAAACAAAAGAAAAGGGACGAAAGAGAGAUCCUGGAAUUGGAUGGAUUUUGGAUUUUGAUAAUGACGGAAUUGUUUCUUAUAAGGAAAAUGAUGAAGCUGCUGAUCGAUUUGAUGCAGGGCCAACACUUUUGCCAAUGGAAUCAAAGGAUGAACUCUAAUAAAUUAAAUUUCGUUUUGUUGACUAAUAAAAUAACUGUUUUGAAGUUGAUAUAAUAGUUGUAGUAAUUUUUUGUAGAGUCGGACCUUUACGGGAAAACCUUUUUGUAAAUUUCUAACCCAAAAACAUUCGAUUCAAAGUUUUCCAAUAACUAUCAUGAAAAGGAAGUAAAUUCUAUGAAAAAAUAUGAAGAAAAAUAGAAAUUGGAAAUCAAUCUGUAGUGCCUUGUCGUGUCUCAAAGUCUAUGAAAAAUUGAUAAAAGUCUGUAUGUGGUGUUUUAAUUGUCUUGUUUAUCAAUAAUUUUUCUGAACAAUUUAUUAUUAUUAUUAUGAUUGAACCGGGCAAAUUCCAACAUUUCCCGUGCUUAAUAAACUCCGAAAAUUUUGAU